AUGAGCCUCACCGCUGUCAGUGACCAUCAGUAUGCGGUUGUCAUCCAGAAGAACACGUCUCAAGACACCGCAAGCUUUGGCUUUGCUCUUCUCACAAGCUCGUUGAUCGGCAUCAGCAGCUGCGUAGCCUUCUUCUUCUUGCGGCAGCGGUUUCCGAUGGUCUACGAGGGCACUGGCUCGUGCUUGUCCCAGCACAAGUCCAAGGACCGGCCAGAGCUGCCCCAUUCUUCUGCCAGCUUCUUCGGAUGGCUCCGUGCAAGCGCGUCCUUCAGGCUUGAUGAUGCCAUGGAUCAUGUUGGCAUGGACCAGAUCAUGAUGCUGGAGUUCACCCAUCUCAGCAUGAAGGUGAUGUUCGGGAUUGGCAUUCCGGCUUUGGCGGUUCUCGCACCCCUACACGCUCGAUCAACUGGCGGAGCUGAUGACGACCUGAGUAGAAUCAGCUUGAGCAACCUCGAUGCAGAAUCCUGGAUUCUUUGGGUCCAUGCCGCGUUUGUGUGGUACGUGGUCCUGCUGGUGCUUUACCUGGUGUGGCACGUGCAGCAUCGAAAAUUCCGACCGAGACGGAGCCGUUGGCUCGCGAGCAUGCCAGAGGCAAGAGCCACCACCGUGCUCGUCGAAGGAAUCCCGGAGUACAGCCGCACGGAGGCAGCCAUGGCCAAGUUCUUUGACGACAUCUUCGGGAAGCCUGUGGUCAAGGAUGUCGUUUUCGUGCGAGACACAUCGUCGCUGAUUCCGCUCAUCGAGGUGCGGGACGAGCUCUCAGAAGAGCUGGCCCAGGCUGGCCUACAAUGUACUGCCCAACAUGACCGACCCAGCGAACGGUCGCCGAAUUCGCGGCUGCAAGCCCUUGAGAGGCGAUUCUCGCGGGCGGCGGCAGCAGCAGAGGAGAUGGCCAACGCAGUGUACAGUUCUUGCGACUUCGCGCACGACGCGGCAUUUGUGACUUUCCGCGAUCGUCGCCACGCUGAGUUUGCCAGAGGUCUGCGAUACAGCGAAAGUCGUGGUCACUUCGCGGUGUCCAUGGCUCCAGAGCCAUCUGACGUGAAUUUUUCCUCCUUCACACGCUCGUCGGCCAGUGUCGAAAAAGGCAGUGCGCUCGUUGGGCGCUUGCUGGUUGCUUGCGUGUUUUUCUUCUUCCUGCCAGUUGUGGUGGGCAUUUCGUCCUUGCUGAGCGUCGACUCGCUGGCGCACCUGGUGCCGCGACUCGAGGUCUGGGCGAGGGAGUACCACUACAUCACUGCGGCCUGGGAGGCCUUGUUGGGCACAAGCCUGCUUUCCAUGCUUAUGGAUCUUGUGCCUUGGACGUUGUCGCAGGUGUUUUCACGAUUCUACCGCCUACGGUGUGGCACGAAAGGCCAACACAAGAUCCAGCGGUGGUACUUCACUUUUCUGGUUGUUUUCGUGCUGCUGGUUACAGCCGUUGGCACCUCGCUAUUUGAAGCAGCGGCGCGCCUUGCGCGCGAACCACUCCAGGUCUGGUACCUUCUUGCCGACCAGCUACCCGACGCGACGAACUUCUACCUGCGCUACGCGGUUCUGCUCUGGAGCACUCCCUUCUUCGAUCUUGUGCGGUGCUUUCCACUGCUCUACUUCUGGAAGGGCCUCCAAGCGGGCGAGUUGCCAGAGGUUGCCAAGCAGCUGUCCGAGCCAGAGGACCAGACCUUCCAUGGCAGUGGCGCACGGAGCGCCCGCUGGGCUCUGCACAUGGUGCUGGGUCUGACCUUGUGCAGCUUGCAGCCGUUCAUCCCUCUGAUUCUGGCGUUCGGCUUCGCCUUCCGCCGGCUCGCUUACGGAUACCUCAUUGUCUUUGUGGAGACGAAGAAGUCCGACUCCGGGGGGCAGCUCUGGAGGGCCCAGAUGCAGCACACGCAGAUGGGCUUGGUCAUCUACAUCUUGGUGAUGACCUUGAUCUUGUUGGAUCGCGAAGAGUCGAUGGUGGCUGCCAUCUUCGCCGGGAGCAGUGGCUCCCUGGUGGUGCUCUACUGGUUUUGGUGGCCAUCUCUCUUCGAUCUGACAUCGCUGCCUGUGCAACAGGCUGAGUUGAAGCCAGCCUGCUUGGGACGCGGCUACGAUGAGGGCGAGACCUCCACUGUGCAAAGUCCUUCGCCCUACCUGCAGCCGGAGCUCCGCCAAACUCUGCCGGUGGCCGCUCUGCUUCGGCAGGACUGGGACGAGUGGGACCGGGUCCGGGCGACAGCUGUGGAACCUGGAAGCACGCAACCAUCGUCAGGCGCUGACGGAGCCAUCUGUGGGUCGAGUCGACCAGGGACUGCUUGUCGAAGACCGACGCGGUCGCUCCUGGCUUGGGUCUGCCCGGGACUGUCAGGCAUGGCUGUGCGCGAAUGA